AGUCCUCUUUACUUUCAGCAAGCAAGGUUGUGUCAUCUGCAUAACGCAGGUUGUUAAUGAGUCUUCCUCCAAUCCUGAUGCCGCAUUCUUCAUAUAGUCAGCUCAUAGUAGACAUGUGUAUACACUUAAUGGGAAUUAUCCAAAAGAGAGUGAAGAACUGAUGGUGCAGAGAGGGGGAUAACUGCUGGAGUGUUUUCUUUGAGGAGAUGAAAGGGAUUAGGAUCCAUUGUAAGAAUACAGGGAUUGAUGUUAGGAUCAAGUAUGAUUCAUCCAUAGUAACAGGAAGGAAUGCAGAGUACCUGGGUAUACAAAUAAAUGGUGGAUGAGAUAGGAGCAUAUGGAAGUUCUCUUUCUCUCUCUCUUUCCCUCCCUUCCUCCCUCUUUUUACUAAUCAUGAGGAAAUGAUGAGUCAAAUCCAGAUUAUGAGAAUAUCUACAAGACAGUUGGCCUGAGCUCUUCAAAAAUUAAGAGUUUUAAAAAGCAUGAUAACUAAAUGUCAUUUUUUAUUAUAUACCAGAUAAAAAAAUUUAUAGUGUCAAAAUAAUUGACAUUAUUGAGUCAGUUGGGAAAUUUGAAUAUAGACUAUACAUUAGAUAAUAUUACCGUAUCGAUAUAAAAUUUCUCGAGAGUGGUAAUCGUAUUAUAGUUACAUAAGAGUAUAUCUCAGCUCUUUGGAAAUACACGCUGAAAUAUUUAAGGAUGAAACAUGCUAUUUGCAACUUACAUUCAAAUGGUCCAGCAAUAUGUAUAUAUACAUAUAUAGAGACAGUGGGGGUGUGUGUGUAUCUUUGUGUAUUGUCAUACGUAUGUGUGUAUAGAGACAGUGACGGUGAAGAGAGGCAUAUAUAUAUUUGUGUGUUUGUGCAUAUGGCAAAAUGUUAACAGUUGGUGAAUCUAGAUAAACAGGGUUUAUUGUACAAUUAUUCUAAAUAUUUUUAGAUUUAAAUUUUUUCAAAACAAAAAGUUAUAGGAAAUGAUGGAUUUUAGAUGACAUCACUUCUCUUCAGAAGUUGCAACUAAGUAGUUAAAAGUCACAAUCAUUUCUGUUUUCUCCUUUACUACAGUUUUGCAAAGAUUAAUGUGUGGGUCUUUUCAGAUUUCCAAUAAUGUGUUGGAUUUUAAAUAUAGAGAAAUUUUCUUCUGUUGUACUAUAUUUGUGCAAAUUUAUAAUAAACCAGGCCAAAGGAAAAGAAAAUCAGUAAAUAAAAUUAAACUUUAGGACUUAUUAUUGUUUUAAGUAUUUAAAAGAGUCCCUAAAAUAAUCUAAAUUCCAAAAAUGAAAGAUUGGUGAAAUAAAGAAUGAUACAUCUAUAUCUCUAUGUAACCAUUUAAAAUUAUGUUAUGAAAGAAUAUUUAAUCUUAGGGAAUACCACCAUUAUUUUAAUAAGGGAAUAAAGCAAUUUAUAAAAGAUUACACGUGCUGUGCAAUUUUAUAAAAAAUGAAUAUGUAUAUGAAAAAGAAUGGUAUGAUUUGGGGUGGGCUUUUUUUCUUUUUUCUCUACUUUUUUAUUAUUUUAAUUUGUAGUUAGGAAGUACUGAUAAUAUGGGUAAGUAUUUAAAAAAUAGGGUCUGAUAUUCACAAGUAAGAUGAGACUCUGUUGAUGGUUUUCAGAUUGCAUACCUAGAGUAGAAUGAAAUAAGUACUGUCAUAUGUGGCAUAUUUCUUUUCAAAGCCCUUACAGCACAGAAGGAGUCAUCAUUAGCCUUGUGUUUUCCAGAGGAUUCUGGAGUUAAUGAAGCCAGAUGAAAUUAUUGAGAAUUGGAUCAGGUUUUCUCCACUAGUUCCAAUUUGAUCUCAUGUAGAUAGUUCUUAAAAGAGCAUAAUGCUUAAGGUAGACAUUUUUUACUAGUUAAGCUAAACUAUUGUUUGCUUUUAAUAAAGUCUGAUGAAUGCUGUGGAAAACUGGAGACUCUCUCCACACUCAUUAUCUUUUGUGAGGUAUUUGACAAUCCAGUUCAUGUUGUGUGUAUCUGGGGACUCUGAGGAGAGUGUCAAUGUCAGAUUGCAGGUAAAUGUAUAAUCUUAUUGUCAUGUCCUUUGUAGACCUAGCAGCGGUAGCGUAAGCAAAGGAGAGUCACGCCCCAAACGGAGGCCUGAAGCCAAAGUGCCCCUUCAGACUCUACAUAUGACUUCUGAGAAUCAAGAGAAAGUGAAAGCUCUUCUCCGAGACCUGCAGGAACAGGAUGCGGAUGCUGGAUCUGAGAGAGGUAUUUCUGGGGAAGAGGAAGAUGAUGAGCCUGAUUAUUGUGAUGAUGAGCAGUACUGGUCAGCUGGACGAGAAGCUUCCCUUGUUCCUGAUCCUAAUCCAUUGGAAUUUACUGGCCCAGCCCUGGUGGAACCACAUAUUCCAGAAUUUACAUUCUCACCAUUUGCAGUGCAAAAGCUUUCCAGAAACAUUUGGAGAAAGGAUGAAGACCUCUGAGGCAGUUGCCCAUAUUAGCUUGGAUGAGUGUGUGGAACAGCGACAGGAAGAGGCAUUUGCUCUUAAGUCAAUCUGUGGAGAAAAAUUUGUAGAAAGAAUUCAGAACAGAGUCUGGACCAUUGGAUUAGAAUUGGAGUAUUUGGCAAGUAAAUUCUGCAAAUCCAAGCAAAGGGGAAGUACCAAAAACAUGCAGGAGACUUCACUUGAAACCUGUAAAUUUUACCUCAAAGGAAAUUGUAAAUUUGGAUCAAAAUGCAAAUUCAAGCAUGAGGUACCCCCAAAUCAGAUUGUUGGAAGAAUAGAAAGAAGUAUUGUAGAUGAUUCUCAUCUAUAUGAAGAUGCAUCUUUUUUAUAUGAACUAGAAAUUCGAUUUUCUAAAGACCACAAAUACCCCUACCAAGCUCCUCUUGUGGCGUUUUAUUCCACCAAUAAGAAUCUACCUCUGGCUUGUCGUUUGCAUAUUUCUGAGUUCCUUUAUGGCAAGGCCUUGACAUCUGCAGAAACUUCGGAACCUGUUGUAUAUUCUUUGAUAACUCUUUUAGAGGAAGAAUCUGAAAUAGUCAAGUUACUAACAAAUACCCAUCACAAGUACAGUGUUCCUCCCAAGAACUUUUUACCAGCACCUUCUGGGACCAGGAUGAAUAAUCUUACAUGUUGUAAACCAGUGAUUCCAAAUAAGUCUUUCAUUUCAAAUCAGAUUGCAGAAGUUGAAAAAGAAUCAGAGCCUGAGGAGGAGGCAGAUGAGGAUGAAGGCCCUGCACCAGUUAUAGUGGAGAAUGAAAGCUAUGUGAACCUUAAGAAAAAGAUUUCCAAAAGAUAUGACUGGCAGGCAAAAUCAGUACAUGCUGAAAAUGCUAAAAUCUGCAAGCAGUUCCGAAUAAAACAGGCUUCCAGACAGUUCCAGUCAAUUCUGCAAGAAAGACAGUCACUCCCUGCUUGGGAAGAAAGAGAAACCAUUCUUAAAUUGUUGAGCAAGCACCAAGUGCUUGUCAUAAGUGGUAUGACUGGAUGUGGAAAAACUACACAGAUUCCACAGUUUAUUCUGGAUGAUUCUCUGAAUGGGCCACCUGAGAAAGUGGCUAACAUCAUCUGUACCCAACCCCGACGAAUCUCUGCAAUCUCUGUCGCUGAGCGUGUUGCUAAAGAAAGAGCAGAGAGGGUGGGUCUGACCGUGGGAUACCAGAUCCGGUUAGAAAGCGUCAAGUCCUCAGCCACCAGACUGUUAUACUGCACUACAGGAGUGCUGCUGAGAAGGCUAGAAGGAGACACAGCUCUGCAAGGGAUUACUCAUAUCAUUGUGGAUGAGGUCCAUGAGAGGACAGAAGAAAGUGACUUCUUGCUACUAGUUUUGAAGGACAUUGUGUUGCAGAGGCCAACUCUUCAAGUUAUUCUAAUGAGUGCAACCUUAAACGCUGAGCUCUUUUCAGAAUAUUUCAAUUUCUGCCCAGUUAUUACCAUACCAGGUCGUACCUUCCCUGUUGAUCAGUUUUUUCUGGAAGAUGCAAUUGCUGUGACAAGGUAUGUGUUACAGGAUGGGAGCCCAUAUCUGCGCUCCAUGAAGCAGAUUUCAAAGGAGAAGCUUAAAGCGAGGCGCAGCAGAACUGCAUUUGAAGAAGUGGAGGAAGAUCUGAGGCUCUCCCUUCACCUCCAGGAUCAGGAUUCUGUCAAGGAUCAAGUGCCAGAUCAACAGUUAGAUUUUAAGCAGCUCCUGGCCCGCUAUAAAGGGUUUAGCAAAUCAGUCAUCAAAACAAUGUCCAUCAUGGAUUUCGAAAAGGUUAAUCUUGAAUUAAUAGAGGCCUUAUUAGAGUGGAUUAUGGAUGGAAAGCAUUCCUACCCUCCAGGUGCUAUACUUGUGUUUUUACCAGGACUAGCAGAAAUCAAAAUGCUUUAUGAACAGCUACAGUCUAAUUCUCUUUUCAACAACAGGCGUAGUAAUCGAUGUGUUAUUCAUCCACUUCAUUCAUCUUUAUCCAGUGAAGAGCAGCAGACUGUGUUUGUAAAACCUCCUGUAGGUGUAACAAAGAUUAUAAUUUCCACCAAUAUUGCUGAGACAUCCAUAACCAUUGAUGAUGUUGUCUAUGUCAUCGAUUCUGGGAAAAUGAAAGAAAAGAGAUAUGAUGCUAGCAAAGGUAUGGAAAGUCUAGAGGAUACUUUUGUGUCUCAAGCUAAUGCGCUGCAAAGGAAAGGCCGAGCCGGCCGUGUCGCUUCUGGGGUCUGCUUCCAUUUAUUCACUAGCCAUCACUACAACCACCAGCUGUUAAAGCAGCAGCUACCAGAAAUACAAAGAGUGCCACUGGAACAGCUGUGUCUAAGAAUUAAAAUCUUAGAGAUGUUUAGCACUCAUACUCUCCAAUCUGUGUUCUCUCGGAUUAUUGAACCACCACACACUGAUUCUCUCCGGGCCUCCAAAAUACGAUUACGAGACUUGGGAGCAUUAACUCAAGAUGAAAAAUUGACCCCUCUUGGGUAUCACUUGGCCUCUCUGCCUGUGGAUGUGAGAAUCGGCAAGCUGAUGCUGUUUGGCUCCAUCUUCCGCUGUUUGGAUCCUGCUCUCACCAUUGCUGCCAGUUUGGCCUUUAAGUCUCCUUUUGUUUCUCCCUGGGAUAAAAAAGAGGAAGCUAACCAGAAAAAGUUGGAAUUUGCAUUUGCAAACAGUGAUUACCUGGCCCUUCUACAAGCGUAUAAGGGAUGGCAGCUAAGUACAAAAGACAGUGUGCGUGCAAGCUAUAAUUACUGCAGACAAAACUUCUUGUCAGGAAGAGUUCUUCAGGAAAUGGCCAGCCUCAAACGACAAUUCACUGAACUGUUAUCGGACAUAGGGUUUGUGAAGGAAGGACUCAGAGCAAGGGAAAUUGAGAAAAGGGCCCAAGGAGGAGAUGGUGUGUUGGAUGCCACAGGAGAAGAGGCAAACUCAAAUGCUGACAACCCCAAGCUGAUAUCAGCAAUGCUGUGUGCUGCUCUGUAUCCAAAUGUAGUGCAGGUGAAAAGCCCAGAAGGGAAAUUUCAGAAGACCAGUAUUGGAGCUGUCAGAAUGAAACCAAAAUCAGAAGAGUUAAAGUUUGUCACCAAGAAUGAUGGAUAUGUACACAUUCACCCUUCAUCAGUGAACUACCAGGUCAAACACUUUGACAGUCCCUACCUAGUAUACCACGAGAAGAUCAAAACUAGCCGGGUGUUCAUCCGAGACUGCAGCAUGGUGUCUGUGUACCCUCUGGUCUUGUUUGGAGGAGGCCAAGUGAAUGUGCAGCUUCAAAGGGGAGAGUUUGUGGUCUCCUUGGAUGAUGGCUGGAUCCGUUUUGCAGCUGCCUCCCAUCAGGUGGCUGAAUUAGUGAAGGAACUUCGUGGAGAACUUGACCAGCUCCUCCAGGAUAAAAUAAAAAACCCAAGCAUAGAUCUGUGUACCUGUCCUCGAGGAUCCCGGAUCAUCAGCAUGAUUGUGAAGCUUGUCACCACACAGUAAAGGCCUGCCUUAGGGGAAUGCUCGCUACUCACCUGCUUCUCGCUGGCCAGGGAAGUAACAGCGGCACCUCUACCUCCAACUAAAGACCUGUGCUGGGGCACAGUGCUGAGUCAGCCGAGGCACCAUAGACCUGAGGGAAACUUUCAGACUCAGCAUUUCUCACAAAGUAGUGGGCACUCCCAGCACAAUUUGGAGUGUCAGGGGCGACAGCAUCUAAAACCCAGCUUGCCUGUCUCUUUGUCUGUGACUGUCCUGGAGAGCAGGAAAUUUAUCAGUUAACACAAAAGUGAAUGUUUAAUACAAUUCUGUUUUAAUCUAUGUGUUAUUUUUCCCGUUUUUUACUGGAGUGACAGGGGCAUGAGGGAAAUACCUGUUGUUGUUUUUUUUGUCAUAAAGGCUCAAGUGAGAGGAAUCAGAAUAGAGAAAGAAACUGGACCUUUCUGCAGACAUGCAGGAAAAAAAUCACGUGAGCAAGAAAAAUAAAAAUAUCAUCUUAGGCUGUUGAUUGGCUACUGAGUAGACUUAAUUUGUGAAGGAUUUUUAUUUUUACUCCUUAAAGAUCAGCCUAAAAAAACAAACGUAAUGAGUUCUGUUGUGGUUUUAUAAUGCGAGCUGGUCUCUUCUUAGAAGCAAGGCGAUCUGGUGUCUUCAUUCUCCUUAGUUUUCCAUUUAGGUAUCUUUACCCUCUCUUGCGGACUCACAAUGGCCAGAUUUCAUAUUACCCACAGGAAAUUUUAAUGGUAUUCUCCAAGGCAGAGUUGGCUCGUUUGAGACAGGAAAGGUUAUCAUGCUAGUGUCAGAUUUACAACCAUAACAAUGCCUCCCACGAGACAGCUUAGGUUAAUGGGGCACUAGUAUUUUGGGUGGCACAAGAAGUUAAGCGCUUGGCUGCUAGCCAAAAGUUUGGAGGUUUAAGUCCACCUUGAGGCACCUUAGAAGAAAGGCCUGGGCAAUCUGCUUCCAAAAAAUCAGCCAUUGAAAACUCUAUGGAGCAUAGUUCUACUCUGACAUACGUGAGGUCACCAUUAAUAGGAAUCACCUAGACAGCAACUGGUUUGGGUUUUUUUGGUUUUAGCAUUUUGGAAAAAAUACUAAUACAUUUACAUUUUCCCUGGACAUUUAUCAGUGUGGCUAGAAAGGAUCCCAGAGAACAGAGUGGAGGAAAUAGUCUUGUGUUUGUCUAGACCUCAGGUAGGGAGUCAGUAUAGGUUUCCUACUAUAUCCAGACUGAAUACAAAUUGAUCAACAAAACCGCCUCAGUGAAGGGUGUUAGCUUUCCGAAGUAUUAUUUUAGUUAAGUUUUCAGGAAAUCUCGUAAAGUGUUUAAGCUUCAAUAUAGUCGAAUAGCUUAGACUCUAAGCAGUAUUUUUAAAAGGCAUCAAUUCGUGUCAUUGCUUUAAAUUAAAAAAAACGGACACACAGAGCAUCCACCUCCUGACUUGCUACUGACACAAGGCUCACAUCACAGAACUGAUUAGGCUGGGACUUCUAGGAGAAAUGAAGGAGAAAAUGGCAUUAACCCUCUAAAAGAGUUUUAAGAGUUUUGACUCUUGGUACUGCAGAGGAGCUCUCACUGCCCUUGCCAGAGCCAUCUGCCCAAGGGGACCUGCAGCUUUAACCCAGGUCUGCAGCAGAACAUAUGGCUGGGAGGUGGUUAACAGCAAAACUUUAAUCCAGAGUGCUAAAAAACUGCUCCCCUCCAGGAAGCCAGUUCUUGGGCUGGCUGCUUCUAGACACAUACAAACGCACAAAUACUAUCAUUUUAUAGACAUGCCAGAAUGUGAAAAGGGCUGAAAGCCUUGAUUUAUGGCACUGAAUAUGAAGAUCCACACCCACAAAACGAAACUUCUUCAGCUGAUCAUUAAAAUUAUGAAAUAGGAUUACUCCUUCGCAAUUGAAGAUCAGAAUGUUGUCUAGCAUUUCAAGAUGAAACGAUUUCUAAGCCCCAACAAGAUGGUCAACAUUUAAUGUAAUUUUAUGGAGAGCUAAAUGGUAAAUUGUUUCUUAAAAUUAAAUAUUCAUUUUACUGCAAUCUACCUAGGAAACAAUAAAGUACUUACUACUAAAUUAGUCUCCACUGCUGUUUUGUACGAUGUCUAAUCUCUGGAAGGUUCUCAAGAAAUAAGAAUAGAAUCAUUCUUAUAGAAGUGGCCACAGGUUGACCAUUUUGUCUUUUUCAUCGUUAGUUCCAUAUCUGAUUAUUACAACUCAAAUUCUCUGGCAAGUAAUGAACUUUAGUCUUUAUCCUUCCAUUCCAUUAUCUGAGAGAUCGAAAAUAAUAUAUCUAAGCACAGCAUGUAAUCUCUACGCUAUGGUGUUACUUUUUUUUCUUUCUAGGCAAGGGUUUUAACAUGUCCCUAAGACGUCAUCAUAAAAUAAGGUCUUGUGAAAGUACUUCAUAAAGUUAAAAACAGCAAAUAUCAGGCAUUAGGACCAAGGAUGUGCUCUUCAGAUGCAGCCCAGGCUGCCUUUGUGGGGACUCUACUCUGUGUUGUGUUAUCUGUUGCUUGGCCUAGAGGUGGUGAGCUUGGAUUUCACACUCUGAGGGCAUCUUGUGGGCGUCACCCAGCUGCCACAUAAAUAGUGGAUUCCUGCCAUUAUUCUGCAUGAAUAAGCCUAGGCAGAGGCUGGCUCUCCCCCUUAAUUAUGUUGGAAUUAAGCUUACUUCUUAGGGCUCCACCCUGCCCCCAAUAUGAGGGGGGAAACUUUGCUAAUAUCCUCAGCCAGUUAGUAAAUACAAGGUUAGCUGUUGUUUUCAGAAGUUAGGUCUUCAUUGUGAACCUGUGUCCAGGCAGUAUUUGGGUGCUCACAGCAGAGUGCCCCAGGAGGAAACGACAUGGAAACAGCUAAUACCAUUUGCUGUUCCACCUAGAGUUUCCAACUGCUCCAGAGUGAUCUGCUUCCAUGUCUUUUAGUCUCACAAAUGCAAAACUAUGCAAUGACUAGUGAACAGUUAACCAGGAUGAUGUUAGUGACUGCUGACAGACUUUUUUCUUACCAUUUUUAAGGUAUCUAUCAUCCCCCAAAUAAUAAAGAGAUUGGUUUUAAAUAGGGUUUGUAGCCAAUCACUAAUCCUCAAUGCGCUUUAAAAGCUUAGAUGUUUUAAUAAUUUGUUUUAUCAAUGGUAGAAAAAGAGAGUUCUUUUGGAGAGUUACCUAUGCCCUAUAUAAAAACCAUCAGGAAGAAGUGGAAUCUGUGUUUCAUAAAGACAUAGGACAGCAACUCAAAUAUGAACUUGUUCCCACAGGCAGUUCAGCCUCUUUGCCCUAUCUGGCCAGCCCUGGGUCUGCUCGAGAGGCCAGUUCUAACCCAGCUAAUUGAGUAAGUAAGCCAGGCCACAGUGCCACUGUGAGACAGCUAUGACAAGGGAAGGUUUACAAUCGAUUAACUGGAUUCUUGUCUUCACCUCUUAUUUCAGCUUUUCAUGAGAGAAACAAAAGGCAACAAAAACCACCGUGGGGUUUGAAAUAGCAACUUCUAAAGGUGGCCUUGGAAAUUCAGCCCAAUCUCAUAAAUUUCUUACCCAACAGUGAGAAUCACUGUUUAAUGUACCUGACACUGAAAACACCAUAUUACUAAAUAUGGUGUAAUAAUUUAUUUAAUAAGCAUUUUCAGCAGUAGCAGUUCCAAUGUAAGGUUUGUUAUUUCCUUAUGUAAAAUAUGCAGUUACCUCUACUUUCUUAAUGCUAGGUUUUACUGAAAAUGGCCUGAAGGAGUUCAUUUUGCUUCCAGGUUGAAUGAAUUUACACUCUAAAGAACAGAACUACCCAUGGCUGAAUUUUCUUCUACAAUAAUUAAAGAUUGGACAACUUAGCCCAAAAAGACUCAUUUACUUCCUGAGAUUCCCCUUUUAAUAAGUUUUGCCUCAUUCAAUACUUGGGUUUCAAAUGUAUUUUAACAAUAGUGUUUGUUAACCUUUAAAAUAAAACUUUAUUUGUCCAUAGAAGUUGAUUAACAAAUACCCUACCAUGUACAAGGACUACAAAGAAGUUUCUUCACAGGAGAAAAUGUAGUUUUUGUUUGUUUAAACCAGUGGUUCUUAACUGGGGGCGAUUCUGCCCCACAGAUAACUUGGCAACGGAGACAUUGUUGGUUGACACAACUGGAGGUGGGGAGCCCUACUGGCAUCUAAUGGGUAGAGACCAGGGAUGCUGCUAGACAAUGUGUAGGACACCCCCUGCCACAAACAAAACAUUAUCUGGUCCACACAACUACCACAGCU